AUAAUUUAUUUAUUUUUUUUGAUCUAAAAAUCCGUACCAUCUUCAAUCUCGAAAUCUAAGUUGACAGACUCCAUAACCAAAGAACACAAACAAAAACCAAAACUUUACCUAUCAAUGGCUCCCAAAAAUGGCUUCUUCACAUCCACCACUGCUUCCACUUCUCUAACAUCAAUCUUCCUUCUCUUCACUUUCCUCUUCACUCUCUCUCUUUUCCUUUUCUUCCUCAUCGGUUCAUAUCACCACAUCGAUUACCCAUCAUCAUCAUCACCUCUGAUCUCUCAAAACCAUCUUAUUACCUUGGAUUCGAUCAAAGUCUACGUAUCAGAACUCCCCAGAUCUCUCAACUACGGCCUCUUAGACAAGUACUGGUCCUUCGAUUCCGAUUCCAGGCUAGGUAGCGAUGCAGAUCGGGAGAUUCGAUCUUCUCUUUCGCACAAAACCCUAGAAAUUCUUCCGUAUCCUGAGAAUCCACUGAUCAAACAGUACAGCGCGGAGUACUGGAUCUUGGGUGAUCUGUCGACACCUUUGGAGGAAAGAACGACGUCGUUUGCUAAGAGGGUUUUCGAUGUUGAAGAAGCUGAUGUCGUUUUCGUGCCGUUUUUCGCUACUGUGAGCGCGGAAAUGCAGCUGGGAAUGGCUAAAGGAGUGUUUAGGAAGAAGAUUGGGAAUGAGGACUAUGAAAGGCAAAGGAAAGUGGUGGAUUUGGUGAAGAAGAGUAAAGCUUGGAAGAGGUCCGGUGGUAGAGACCAUGUCUUUGUUCUCACUGACCCAGUAGCAAUGUGGCAUGUUAGAGCUGAGAUAGCCCCUGCUAUCUUACUGGUGGUAGACUUUGGUGGAUGGUACAGACUUGACUCAAAAUCAUCCGGUGGUGGUGGCAACUCAUCAUCAGAUUUGAUUCAGCACACUCAAGUCUCGUUACUCAAAGAUGUCAUCAUUCCAUAUUCCCAUUUACUCCCUAGAUUACACCUCUCAGAAAACAAGAAUCGUGAUACUCUUCUUUAUUUUAAAGGGGCGAAACAUAGGCAUCGGGGAGGCCUGGUUCGGGAGAAAUUGUGGGACUUGUUGGUUGAUAAGCCAGGUGUUAUAAUGGAAGAAGGGUUCCCUAAUGCAACUGGGAGAGAGCAAUCGAUAAAAGGGAUGAGAUCAUCCGAGUUUUGCUUGAACCCUGCAGGAGACACUCCCACUUCAUGUCGUCUUUUUGAUGCCAUUCAAAGUCUUUGUAUACCCGUUAUUGUCAGCGACAACAUCGAGCUCCCCUUUGAAGGCAUGGUAGAUUAUUCAGAAUUCUCUGUUUUUGUGGCAGUAAGUGAUGCAUUGAAACCAAAUUGGCUUGUGAGUCAUCUUAGGAGCUUUUCAAGGGAACAGAAAGAUACAUUUCGUCGGAAAAUGGCAGAGGCACAGCCCAUUUUUCAGUACGAAAAUGGUCAUUACGGUGGGAUUGGGCCAAUUCCUGAAGACGGCGCAGUAAAUCACAUAUGGAGAAAGGUCCAUCAGAAACUGCCCUUGAUCAAGGAAGCCAUUGUUCGCGAGAAGAGAAGACCACCGGGCGUAUCCAUUCCACGUCGAUGUCACUGUACUUAACUUAUCUUUUUGUGUUCAUCAAAUUUAUGUUUCUAUAAAAUCCAAUAGCUUUAUUCAUGAUAUUGUAUUCUUGUUUUGGUUAUAGUAAUUUAUCACUGCUUUACAGAGAGAGAGAAAGAGAGACACUUAUACUUAAAAUGUUAACUACAAAUGCUCAAAAGAGAAAUGAUAAUUUAAUACACAUUUGUUGUUUCCUUGUAUUA